AUGUCUGCAAGAAUUAGGAUGGUUCUUGUUAUUAUGAGUCUUCUACAUCUUUUGUUCUCAAUAACUCUGGUUCGUUCGGAUCAAGCUACACUGCCUUUCACAUCUUUCAAGAUAAUUGGGAAUGUAACAUAUGAUUGCAUAGAUAUUUAUAAGCAACCAGGACUUGAUCACCCACUUCUCAAAAACCAUACAAUCCAGAUGAAACCAUCAUUUUCAAAAAAAUAUGAAAGGAAGAAUCAACCAGACAACAGCAAAGCAUAUAAGGAAAAAAUAAAAUGUCCAUAUGGAACUGUUCCAAUAAUGAGAAAUACAAAAGAAUUUAUCAUCAACGCUGAACUUUUAUCUGAAAAAUAUUUCCAUCCGCUAUCAGGUGAUAGCCCUGGAACACAUAUUGCUGGAGUUAAGCAACACGGUGGUCCAUAUCAUGGUAUAACAGCUUGGCAUGAUGGUUAUAACCUAGACAUCAAACAAGAUCAAGCCUCAUAUAGUCAAAUGUAUCUAGGCAGUGGAUACUAUGGUGAAGUCAAUUUCAUCUCAGUGGGGAUGAUGAUAAAUCCAAGCAUUUUUGGUGACGGACGUCUUUGGUCAUAUGGAUAUUGGAAGGGUAAAAACGAAAAAGGAUGUUACAAUAUGGCGUGUCCAGGAUUUGUUCAAGUAUCAAGUAUGGUUCCCAUGGUACAACCCUUUAAGUUUAAACCUGGGGAUAAGGAAGUGUUGCAGUGGUCUAUCACUAAGGAUCAACAAACUGGAAACUGGUGGAUUAUACAAAAUAAACCUAAUGCAUUUAUCGGAUAUUGGCCAAAAGAGUUGUUUCACCUUAUGGAUGAUGGUGCAAAUAUGGUCGGAGUUGGAGGGGUAGUUCAGGCUUCGCCUUCUGGUUUAAGUCCUCCAAUGGGUAAUGGAAAAUUCCCGGCACACGGUCCUUUGAGAGCAGCAUUGUUUUCAAAUGUUGAUGUCUUGAAUUCCAAGUAUGAGAAACGUAGAAUCAAUACUCUUCCUGUAGAGGAGUUGCUAGAUAGUAAAUGUUAUGGGCUAAGAGUUGGUAAGAGAGUCAAAUUUUGGACUACUCCACUCGGAUUCUUUUUCAAUUAUGGUGGUCCAGGAGGAAUUUCUUGUGGAGUUUGA